CUCAGCCUCGUCACACCAUCACCACUGCCUCUUCUCCUCAACACUUCCACCGUGGGACUUGCUGACCAUCCACAGGUAAGCACAGGCAAUAUGCUGUGCGUCUGCGUGGGGCUCCUUGCUCUUUUCUCCCACGUCCUCCCUCAGGAGGCUCAGGAGCCCAUUUCUUAUUCUUGCACUGAGGGUUAUGAGUACGACACUGUGAGAGAACAGUGCAAAGACAUAGAUGAAUGUGUCCUGCUGGACGACGCCUGCAAAGGAGGCAUGCAGUGCAUCAACCACUUUGGGGGCUACCUCUGCCUCCCCAAAAGCGCCGUCAUAUUCACCAGUCAGGAGGGGGGGGAGGACAUGCACGCGCAGGAGCCCGCCCGCCCGGUGACCGCAGUCCCGCCCAGCCAACCUCAGCACCCCAGGGUGUUUCCGGGCGUCCAGGGCAGGCACUCCGCAUCCAGCCGCAUGGUCCGCUGUGCCCCCGGGUACACGGCGGAUGAACAGAACGUCUGCAGAGACAUAGAUGAGUGUGCGACAGGCCGAUACACUUGUGGCCCCGGGCAGGCGUGCUUCAACACCAGGGGCUCGUACAGCUGCCAGUGUCCUGCAGGCUACCAGAGGAGCAGAGACCAAUGUGUAGACGUAGACGAGUGCACGCUGUCCAACUACUGCAUGCACACCUGUGUGAACACUCAGGGCUCGUACUACUGUGAGUGCAACACAGGGCACCAGUUGGCCAGCAACAACCACAGUUGUGUUGAUGUCAACGAGUGCGACACGCAGAAUCCAUGUCAGCACCAAUGCUACAACCUGAUUGGCUCCUUCAUGUGCCAGUGCGACCCGGGGCACGAGCGGGCCCCCGACAGGGUCUCCUGCCAAGACAUCGACGAGUGCAGCUUCUCCAGCUACAUGUGCCAGUACCAGUGCAUCAACACUCCAGGGAGUUACUCCUGCGAGUGCCCUGAAGGAUACCAGCUGCAGGGCAACAGGUUGUGUCAAGAUGUCAACGAGUGUGAGACGGGGACACAUAACUGCCAAGAGGGGGAGAUGUGUUGGAACUACUACGGAGGCUUCCGCUGCUAUCCCAGAAACCCCUGCGAGACGCCCUACAUCCAAACGUCAGAAAACCGCUGCGUCUGCCGCUCCCCGACGGAGUGCCACGGUCUCCCCCCGUCCAUCGUCUACAAGUACAUGAGCAUCCAGGCGGAGCGCCCCGUGCCUGCUGACAUCUUCCAGAUUCAAGCCACCAAUAUCUACGCCAACACCCACAACACCUUCCGGAUCAAAGCUGGGAACGAGGCAGGAGACUUCUUUCUCCGGCGUUCCAGCAACGUGAGCGCCAUGCUGGUGCUCACCAAGCCUCUGUCAGGCCCCCGGGAGUACGUGGUGGACUUGGAGAUGAUCACGCAGCACCUGACCAUGAAUUAUCGCUCCAGCUCCCUGCUCAGGCUCACCGUCAUCGUCGGGGCGUACGCCUUCUGAGCGCCGCGGCGACGACGGCGAGAGUAACGCAGCCAAUGUCUGUCUCCGCCUAGCGUACUGUACAUUUCCUUUAGGCUACAUUAUAGCGCUUAUAAUGGGAGAGGCUGUCGGCGGCACACCACUUACAGUGAGCUCCUCUUUUUCUGCAUGAUGACGAUGAUGAUGACUAUGAUGAUGACUCGGGUGAACUCCGCUUAACCAUUUUUACAAGAAAAAAACGACUUCAGAGUCGAGAAUUUCGUUCAAAUUACGAAAAACAUACAGUACAGGCCAAAAGAUUGGACACACCUUCUCCUCAUUCAAUGCCUUUUCUUUUUUUUCAUGACGAUUUACAUUGCAGAUUGUCACUGAAGGCACCAAAAACAA